AUGACUAUCUCUAACGGUAGACACCAGACGACGUAUGCCGACACACAACAGGAUGACUCUGUCAAUUCAUUCUCUCUUCCGUCACUGCCUCUGAUCAUCAUUCGCAACAUUGUGUCAAGAGCAUGGAGAUCACAUCUCGUUAGACUAAGCUGUGAACACUACUACUACGAUUGGAACCUCUCACUGGCACUUGUCUCCAAAGACAUGUUCAAAUUUGUCUCCACUUGCCUGUUCACAGAGGUCUACUCGACCAAAGACACAUGGGUGCCAUUUGACAUGGGACAACACAUUGCCAAUCCUUUCUGUGUGAUCAAGUCACCAAGCAAGCUCAUCGUUGAUAAACAUAUCUUUAAAGAUCCGUGCGAGUCAAGUGGCACCGCCAGCACACAGACUUUCUUUGGAGGCAUCACCAAUCUCAUUGUCAUUGGCCGAAUAGAUCUCAACCAAUUGGUCCUGUUUCCAUCUCUGACCAACCUGAGGUUGGAGCAAAAAGGUACAAGUAGAACUUGGGAUUCAAAUAAUGUUUGGGUGUUUCGAGAGUUGCCACAGCUCUCACUCCAGAAUCUAAAGAGGUUGCGCAUUAAGAGCUGCAACCCACAGGUUGUCUCCAACCUCCCAGACGGCCUUCAUCUCUCUGUCGACCAAAUAGGUAGUUCCAACGCCCAACACAUCAAUCUCAAUCCAAACGUCAUCUUCCAAACAAGCAAUAUGGAGCUAAUGCCACAGAUGAUCUCCAAGUUGAUUCUGAAUUAUCAUGGUCCCAUUCCGAUUGAAACUCUCCAAUCAAUGCCCAAACUCAAGCAUUUGGUAGUUUCUCUUGGAUGGAGUAUUAUGCCGAUCCAGGAAGCGGUGAACAUCAUUAAUGCCUGCCCCAACUUCGAGGCAUUUGCUCUGUGGUCAAGCCCGAACCCACAGUCAACGAAAAUCGCAGACCUUGUCGUUGGCAUACUUGAGCGAACCAGAAUCGGAUCCAUCAAGCUGGUAUUCAUAAUCAAUCAUGACUUGGAGGUAUAUGAAUCUUUGAUGGCAACACUUCCAUUGACUAUCCAGGUUGUUGGGAUCAAGAGAUCAAGACAAAAGAUCCCCGUCCAUUACAAUCACCAAGUAUUCAAGUUCUUCCUUCGAUACAAACCCAUCACGGAGAUAGUCAAACUAAGUUAA